AUGAAAAUAUUGCUGGCUUUCCUAUUAGUUGCGGGUUUCAGCACCUCUACCCACGCCCUCCUGAAAUCAUGCGUCUGUGAACAGGGCCCAGAUGGUCCGCCCGGUCCCCAAGGCCAAUUGGGUGCCAAAGGCGAAAAGGGCGACAGGGGUGUGACCGGUGUUGUUGGCGCCCAAGGACCCACCGGACCCAUAGGCCAAAAAGGUGAUCGAGGACCACCAGGUCUUCUCUCGCCGGCAAUCGGUCCAAAGGGUCUACCCGGUCCACGUGGACCAACCGCACCUUGCCGGGUAUGCCCAAAACCACGUUCUACUGGUAUUGAAAUUGAGGCGGAAUUGGAACCGCAUACAAUUUAUCGGGUAACUGAAAGUGGUGAUUUGGCACCAAUACGAAAAUUAUAUCCAACACCGGCUGUACGGUCACUUGUUAAGGAAUAUGUGGAAGCUCUGAGGGAGGAAGAGGAGGGUGAAAGGAGAAAAUAA